UUUACCAGGCUUCAACUUCGGAUCUUGAGCACACACUCUCUUAAAAUAAAAAUAUCAAAUAAUUAUCACCCACUCCCACGAAUUCAGUUUCCCAAAUGUGGAGUGACAGCAGUAGCCAUGAGAUUCAGCCACACAAAGGUCUCCAAAUCAAGCUAGAUGACAAGUUCUUCUGCAGGCUAAUGUCCAAGGAAACUUCCAUGUCUAAUUCUUCUUCAAUGGUCUACUAUGGAUCAGCUUCGGGUGCUAUUCCAUUCAUGUGGGAAUCACACCCUGGAACCCCUAAACAUCCUUCCCCUCACACUUCUCUUCCUCCUUUAACUCCCCCUCCUUCGUAUCAUUCACCGUUGAAUUCAAACUCGAAACCGGUGCCAAAAAAGAACUCGAAAUCGACCCUUUUCAGCUCCAUCGUUCGGAAGCUGAUCAGCGCUGCUCCAAGGAUAAACCAUGCUUCUCCUUCACGAUGUUCUUUAUUGUCUUUAUCAUCACGGUCUAAUGCUUCCAUGAAUAGAAAGUUAUCUCAUAGACUAAGGGGCUAUUUUUCAUGUUCAUGUUCAAUAUCACCCGUUCAUAAUUGCAUGGAUGAUGAUGAUCAUGCUGGUGAACGACUCAGAUCAUCAGCUUCGACGUUGUGUUUUGGGAUUAAACCAAAGACUCUGAAUGAAAGUAGAGGUGGUCGGUCAAUGAUAAAAAUGAAGAAAGCAUUGCUAUCAUUUGUUAGCUAUGACUGA